GAAGAGCCGUCGCCGGAGAAAGCAGUCGGGCGAUCAUGUCGGACCCAGAACAAGUGAGCGUGAUUCCGGUGAAGUUCAACUCACGUGUUCCGAAUGGCUCGGCGCACGAAGUAUUCGUGAAGCUCGACAAGAGCCCGUCAAACGAAGCUGUCUCAGGAUUUCGGGGCAGAACUUUGCUUGUGACUAAUGUCCCGCCUUGGAUGGGUAAAGACGAGCUGCGCUCGCUGAUCGAUCCUUUCGAUUCCGAGCAUAUAUUCGUGCAGAGGGAAGCCGGCUCCUUCAAAGCUUCAUCUGAUAGUGGGAUGGAAGAUUACACGGGAUUCAAAGUCGCUUACGUCGUGCUCCGGAGCAAAUCGGAGGCAAUCGAGGUCUUGACGCGGAAGAUCAAGAAGCCCAUCGCCGUCUAUCAGGAUCGUGGAACCGAGCUAGUUGGAAUGCGGAAAAUGGUGGAGUCAUACAUAAAGAAGUUCGAGCCGCGAAGCAAACUUGAGGCCACGAUCUCUGAGGCCAUCGCACAGUACGACCGCGCACAAGAAGAAGAGAAGAAAGCCGCUGAGAAACUUCAUGCACCGGACGAUGACGGUUGGAUAACUGUCACUAGGCAUGGGAAACGCCCCGUCAUCCCGCGGACAGAAGCUGUCCAGAGCAGACUCUUGGAGAAAGAGAAAUUGAAAGACAAGCGGAAAAAACUGAAAGACUUCUACACUUUCCAAGCCAAGCGAUCGAAACUCAACGAGCUUGAAGAACUCCGACGAAAGUUUGCGGAGGACAAACGCAAAGUGGCGCUUCUGAAGAUGAAAAGGAAAUUCAACCCCUGUUGACUGAGGCGACAUCUUUGCACUGAAUCAUUUUGUAAAUAUAUAUACCUCGAGACUGUUUCAG